AUGAGCUGCCGCUUUCAGAGUUCCUCCACCAGCUAUGGAGGUGGCUUCGGGGCUGGUUCCUGCCAGCUUGGAGGAGGCCGUAAAAUCUCUACCUGCUCUUCCCGGUUUGUCGCUGGAGGGUCAGCUGGAGGCUAUGGAGGUGGCAUGAGCUGUGGCUUUGGUGGAGGGUCUGGUAGUGGUUUUGGGGGUGGCUUUGGAGGUAGCUAUGGUGGAGGUUUUGGUGGUGGAUUUGGCGGUGGCUUUGGUGACUUUGGAGGUGGCGAUGGUGGCCUCCUCUCUGGCAAUGAGAAGAUCACCAUGCAGAACCUCAACGACCGCUUGGCCAACUACCUGGAAAAGGUGCGCGCUCUGGAGGCAGCCAAUGCCGAUCUGGAGGUGAAGAUUCGUGACUGGCAUCUGAGGCAGAGCCCAGCUAGCCCAGAGCGGGACUACAGUGCUUACUACAAGACCAUUGAAGAGCUCCGGGUUAAGAUCCUGGAAGCCACCACUGACAACAACCGGAUCAUCCUGGAGGUUGACAACGCCAGGCUGGCUGCAGAUGACUUCAGGCUCAAGUAUGAAACUGAGCUGAACUUGCGGCAGGGUGUGGAGGCCGACAUCAAUGGCCUGCGCAGGGUGUUGGAUGACCUCACCCUGUCUAAGACUGACCUGGAGAUGCAGAUCGAGAGCCUGAAUGAGGAGCUGGCCUACAUGAAGAAGAACCAUGAGGAGGAGAUGAAGGAGUUCAGCAACCAGGUAGUAGGCCAGGUCAACGUGGAGAUGGAUGCCACCCCUGGCAUUGAUCUGACUCGUGUGCUGGCUGAGAUGAGGGAACAGUAUGAAGCCCUGGCAGAGAAGAAUAGGAGGGAUGCCGAGGAAUGGUUCCAGAGCAAGAGUGCAGAGCUGAGCAAGGAAGUCUCCUCCAGUGCUGCCAUGAUCCAGACCAGCAAGACAGAGAUCACAGAGCUCAGGCGCACACUCCAGAGCCUGGAGAUUGAGCUGCAGUCCCAGCUGAGCAUGAAAGCUGGCCUGGAGAGCUCCUUGGCAGAGACGGAAUGCCGCUACGCCCUGCAGCUGCAGCAGAUCCAGGGGCUCAUCAGCAGCAUCGAGGCCCAGCUGAGCGAGCUCCGCAGCGAGAUGGAGUGCCAGAACCAGGAGUACAAGAUGCUGCUGGACAUCAAGACACGGCUGGAGCAGGAGAUCGCCACCUACCGCAGCCUGCUCGAGGGCCAGGAUGCCAAGAUGGCUGGCUUCAACAAUGCUGGAGGAAAUGUCACUACCACUGCCAGUGCCUCCGUCUCCCCCUCCACUUCUGGUCGCGUGGAUUUCCGCAAGUAUUAG